AGUUAACCUUUAACUUUCUUGUCUGAAGAACAUUUUUCAGAAUGCGCUCCUCUAGCAUGGCUGCGUUCCCAAAACGACUUUGUCGAUGUAUAUAGAGCGAUCGAAACCCAAUCAAACCUAUGAACCCCGUUCAUCAUGGAGAUAAUUAUCUUCAGAACAUUAAUAUUAUACCUAAUUAUUGGACACUAUCAUGGAGAAGGUAGUUCUGUAUGCAAAACUGAACGAAAAUGUACAAUCACGAGGGCACAUAAAAUGAAAGCAGCGGACUGCUAUGACAGGCAGUUCAAGAAUUUCCCAAAAUGUCUGGAAAAUGAUGUAGAAGUAAUCGAUCUAUCUUUCAACAGAAUCAGGAAAGUCAGCAGGUCAGACCUGAGCCAGUUCAAGUAUUUAAAAUUCCUGUACUUAUCGGACAAUAUGAUUAACAACCUAGACGAUGAUACUUUUCAAGAUUCCGAAGACUUAACCACACUCGAUUUAUCCUUGAAUGAUUUAUUUAAGUUACCUUCCACCAUUUUCCAAUUGCCGUCUCUGAAGACGCUCUACCUCAGCCAGAACCAGAAUAUGAAUAUUGUUGAUAUGAUGCUCGUACUGAAUAAACCGAUACUGAGCCCGUUGGUACAAAUCGAUCUCAGCUACACAACAUGCGGGGAAAAUAUUUCGGAAUUCCCAAAUUUCGGGCUGUUACCGUUUUUGAUCCAGCUCAAUAUUUCUGGAAACCAGUACUCCACUAUGACCCCUAGGGACUUGAUGGGAUUCUGUAAUUUGCAGAUAUUGAUCAACGAUAAUGUGACAACUGGUUUUGACGAUGCUUGUGAUUGUUGGAAGAUCAACCAUUGGCUGACUGAGAAAAAAGCGAGGUUUUCGAUGUUCCCAUGUACAGUAGAGAAAGCUGAGUGCCUCUAUUCUGAUUUUAAAGAAGAAGAUUUAGCGAUACAUGACCAGUGUAGACAACUAUAUGAAGAUAUACAGAGGCAGUACAAAAUUUGGAAAGUUUCCAUAGGCGUCGGAAUCACUGCAGUGGUUCUCAUUGUAUUGGUUAUCCUCUGCUGUGUAGCCUACAAGAAAAAAUGGUUAUGUAAGAAGAAAACAAAGAAAUCACUGAGAGCUGACGCACCCGACCAUUUGGGACUUAUUCUUAAUAAUCGAAAAAGUAUUCCAAAUGAAUACCAUUUGUGAUAUUUUCUAUAGGUACACAUGUAUAAAAAAUUUGAAGUUCCAAAACUGAACAGAAAAAUGAAAAUGAAUGAACCUACUUGAUGGCCAGUAUGUUUUAUACCUGUGCAAUACAUACUUAUAGAAUGAGUUAAGUUUGUGAUACGAUAUUUAUGUUUUUUUUAUAUAUUUAUUAGCAAUAAGUUGUGUAAUAUUAUUGAAUAAAAUCUUCAAUAAUGCGUAGU